AUGAAUAAACCAUGUGAAGUCGAUUUAGACAUAGCACGAACAUCUAAAGGACCACGUGAAUACAUUUAUAAUUUAUUAUCAAAAAAUAAUCCACAAGUAAUUAAUCGACGCUAUUGUCUACCAAAAAUUAAAACAAAUCCUAAACUUUAUGAUGAAGAAAUUAAAAAGUAUCCAGCUAAAACAAUGGGACCACCAUCAAAAUAUGAACGUCUCCCACCAAUUAUUAAUGGUGAUGGUGAUGAUGACAACAACGAGUUGAACAAAAAACCGUAUGACUACUUAAAAAAACACUCGAAAAAACCAUAUACCACAUUGGAUGCAUUGAAAACAGCUCAUUGGAAGGAUAAAUGUCAUCGACAACCGCCAAUUCCACCGGUAGAAGUUAAAACUAUUAUGACUGAAGAUGGUACCCAAGUAACUGUCCCGAUAAAAUGUCUUAAAACACGUAGACGUUCUAUCAAUUGGAUAACGCAUAAUGCAAUUGCUACCAUAAUAGCUAAACCAGGCAGUCGAUUGCCACCAGAGCCACGUAAAGCUAUCGUGGAUACACGUUUUGGCGAUAAAUAUCUUUUAGCCAAUCAUCGGACUCGAUGUGGUUUAGAAUUAUUUUAUGUUUAUGGAAAAGAAUUUGGUAAAAUACCCAGAUAUUUAAAACGACGUAAAAAUUUGAUUGAAAAGACAAAAGCGAAUUUAGCGCAUUAUUUUAAUGAGAAAGCGUUGCAGAAUUCAGAUUACCUCCUGACGCAUACACAACGUGAACAAUUGUUGAAUGGAUUAAAAUCCACCUGGGAAAGAUAUAAUCGAAAGUAUCUAGGCUUGGCAUCAAUUAAUGAUACGCUUAAAGGUAAAGCGUACAAACUGUACUUAGAGAAACAAUUGGAUGAGUUGAAAAAGGAUGUUGAACUAAUUGAAAAGCAUGAAUUUAUUUUUAUUGAAGCACCGAAAGAGACCAAAUCACGUAUCAAAGAUAAUCAGAGUAUUAUCUGUGCUUAA